GAGACUCAGCCGACCAAAUUUUUUUGGAAAAUUGUCCGCCGCGUCGCAAAGCCUGGUCCGGUAAAAUCAUCACCAAGUUAACACAGCUUUUUCGAUAACCGAUCUCAAUCGCAACGUCGGGAUUCAAUCAAAAUGGCUGCUGUCUACAAGUCUAUCUCUAAGUCCAGCACUACAAAGGCAGAGGCUCCUAGCAAUGGCGUCAAGAAGAACAAGCAGAGGGUUCUGAUCCUCUCUUCUAGAGGCGUCACUUACCGACAUCGCCAUCUUCUAAACGACAUUGCGGCGAUGCUCCCCCACAGCCGAAAAGAUGCAAAAUUCGACUCCAAGACAAAGCUGUACGAACUGAACGAGCUGGCUGAGCUUUACAACUGCAACAACGUGCUCUUCUUCGAGGCAAGAAAGGGCAAGGAUCUAUAUGUUUGGCUCAGCAAAGUCCCUAACGGACCUACCAUCAAGUUCCACCUCCAGAACUUGCACACUAUGGAGGAACUUCACUUCACCGGCAACUGUCUCAAGGGAUCGCGGCCCGUUCUCUCCUUCGACGGCGCUUUCGACAAGCAGCCUCACCUCCGAGUGAUCAAGGAGCUCUUCCUCCACACCUUCGGUGUUCCCCAGGGCGCCAGAAAAUCCAAGCCUUUUAUCGACCACGUUAUGGGAUUUAGCUUUGUCGAUGGCAAGAUCUGGGUUCGCAACUAUCAAAUCAACGAGGUCGAGGCGACAGCCAAGGAGAGUGAGGAGGAGGAAGAGACAACCAAGUCUCAAUCUGGCAAGCCUGAUACCGAUAUCAACCUGGUCGAGAUCGGUCCCCGAUUCGUCUUGACACCGAUCGUGAUCCAGGAGGGCUCUUUCGGUGGACCCAUUAUCUAUGAAAACAAGGAAUUUGUGUCACCAAACCAGGUCCGAGCCGAUAUUCGAAGGACAAAGGCCUCGCGACACAACGCCCGCGCAGAGAAAGAGGUGGAGAGACGGGUCAGGAAGGGCGACCUCGGACUGCGAUCUGUUGGCGGCCAGCGACCGGCCAAGGAUGAGCUGGAUACCAAGAUGUUGUUCGCCUAAACUUUUUGAUACCUUACCUGCCGAUAUAACUAAGUACUUACUGGCUUGAUCCAUUGGGUCUGAACACCGGGACGGGGUGUUGGAGUUUUAGGUCAUACUGCGUUUUUAUUUGCCAAAAGAGAGAAUAUUAUACUUUAGUUAUCGCUAA